AUGCCCAAAAGAGGAAAUAGAAGGACAAGAGGCUCAUCAAGAGGAGGAAGAGGCGGUAGUAGAGGUGGUAAAAAGAUAAUAAGAGGUAAUAAGAGAAGAUCAUCAAAUAAUAAUACUAGAUCAUAUAAUACUUCAACAUCAUCUCAAUAUCAAGAAUUAUUUAAUGAUGACUCAAUAUAUAUACCUGGUCAAAAUGAUGAAGCAGUUGGAGGACAAAUGGCUCAAAUGGCUAGGAAUAUAGGAAGACGAAAGUAUGGUCAUUUUGAUGAAGAAAUAAAUUAUACAGAAAAUAAUAGAUCAAAUUUAAUGUCAAAGAAACUAAGAGAUCAACCUAUUAUAUUUAUGAAAGCUAAAGAAAUUUAUGAUCCAAAUAUUAUGCUACAUAAACUAUCUGAGCAAAAUAAGAAUCAGUAUAUGAAUAAUAAUAAUAAUAAUAAUACUAAUAAUGAAUUUGGUAAUAUAAUUGAUGAAGAUUUUAAAAGUAUUUCAUUGGAUGAUUCAGAAGAUGAUAUUGACGAUCAGGAAUUAGCUGAGAACGACGAAUUCGAGGAUUUUGAAGAUUUUGAAGAAGGUGAAUAUGAAGGAGAGGAGGGUGAUGACGAAGAGGAGAUUGAGGAAUCAGAGUUCGAAGAUGAAGAGGACGAAGACGUUUAUGACGACAACGAGACUGAAUUUGAAGACGAUAACAAAGAUGAUAAGGAAAACGAAGAUGAAACUGAGAAAGUAGUUAAAGAAGUGUUACUGAAUUUUAAGGCAGAAAAAGAAGGUGAAGAUUGGAACGAACAAGAUUUGGAUACUGAAUUGAGUUCCAGAUUAGAUACUUUAGAGGACAAGAUGAAUGAAAUAAGUAGAAGAGAUGAACUUGAAGAUAGUGACGUUGAGGAAAAUGAUGCAAAAUCGGAAGAAGUUAUUGAGAAAGAAGUUGAAGAAAUUGAAGAAAACAUUAUACAGAAUGAAGUCAAAGUAGAAGAAGAAAUACAAGACAUUGUUGAGGAUGUAAACAAGGAAGUAGAAACUACUGUAACAACUACAGCGGAAGAGACUGGCACAGGCGAAGUAGCUGUAGCAACGACUCAGGAGUCGGGCAUCAAUCUGAAACAGAAUGCAGUCGAGGAAUUGCCUAUUUACAUUGAUGGCGUAAAAGACGAAGCUCAAUUAAAGGAUUACUUAUCAGCAAACCCUACUCAAGAACAAGAUGAGAACGAAGACGAAUUGGAAGAAGAACCCGAUUAUGGAUUUUUAGAAGAAGAUUAUGAAUUUGAUGUAUCUAAGAUGGAAGUAGAUAAUGUCAGAUUUGGUAUACAAAAUCAAUAUCAUAUAAAAUGUGCAGAAUUAACUGGAUUUGAUGAUGAAUUUUGUUGGAUUGAUGAAGAUGAUGUAAUUCAAUAUGUUUUAUUUAAUGGAGUUAAAGAAAAGAGAUUAGGUAAAUUUUUAUCAUAUAUUACAAAAGGAAUGAUUGAUCAAGAAGAACCAGAAGAACAAGAAGAUGAUGUAUAUAUCUCCGAUGAUGAGUCACUGGAGGAAGACGAUAGCGAAGCAGAAUUUGAUAAACAUCAAGAUGAUUAUCCAUAUGAUUCAGAUGAAGUACCUCAAGAUGAUGGUGAUAAUUUAGAAGAUUUAAUAGCAUACUCCAAAAUGAGUACUCAAGGAUUAGUUUCAAUGUCUGAUCGUGAUUUUUCAAAUAAUAUCCCUGCAAAAAAGAGAACGAGAUUUGAUGAUUUAGAUAUAGAUCCUGAUUUACAAGAAGCAUUAACAAGACAAUUGAACAACUACAAUAAAAAUAAAAAAUUAAAACGAAUCAACAAAAAACAACAAGAUAUAGAAGAAGCUGUAUUAAAAAAUGAUAUGUUAAUAAAAUAUCCUGAAAAAAUAACAAUAAAAGAAGUUAAUAAAGAAUUUGAAAAUUUAUUAAAAGAUGAAAAUAGAAAUUCAUUAAGUUUCCCCACUUUGGAUUCUCAUGCUCAUAAAAUUAUUGGAAAAUUAGCUCAAUAUUAUAAUAUGAAAUCAGAUAAAUGUGGUCGUAAAAAUGUACGUCAUUAUUUAAAAAUUUCAAAAACUAAAUCAACUUAUAAAUAUUAUCCAAAUUUUGAAAAAAUUAAAAUUAUAUUAAGAGGAAGACCAUAUUUUAAUAGAAUAGAUAUAAAUAAACCUAAAAAAGAAAAUAAAACAGCCUCCAAAGGUGCGAAUGAUUCAAAAGCUAAAUUUAAAGAAGGUGAUAUUGUUGGUGCAGAAGCUCCUGAAAUUUCAACUAAUAAUUUAGGUAGACAAAUGUUAGAAAAAUUAGGUUGGAUAAAAGGUCAAAGUUUAGGAAUUGGUAAUAAGGGAAUUAAUGAACCAAUUGUUGCAAAAGUUAAAAUGUCAAAAACUGGUAUUCGUUAA